GCCGCUUGCCUGCGUGUGGGUCUGCUUUGUGCUUCCGCCUGUGGGGGUGAGUUAUCUUGAGAAAUCAAGUUGUGGGAACAAAAGUUUUUCACCAGCAAGAGAGACACGUGUGGCCUCCUGUGCGGACAUCCUGGCGGACCCCCGGGGCCUGGCCGGGCUAAGGAGGGGACUCCAGCGAGCUGUCUCUGAACUUCUGAACUCUGCAGAAGGAUCAAACAAUGGCGACCCAGGCCACUGCCCGGAACCAGACAUGGCCCGGGACCGCUGAAGAUGACUCCGGCAGCUGGUACAUCGAUGAGCCCCAGGGAAAUGAGGAGCUCCGGCCCCAGGGGGCGGAGCCCCCCUGCCAGCCCAGGACGCCCCCCGGCCUGCACCACGCCUGCCUGGCUUCACUGUCGCUCCUCUCGCUGCUGCUGCUGGCUGCGUUGGUAAGGCGGCGCCGGCCCUGGCCAAGUUGUGGGCACCGGAGACCUGGCUUGCCCAGUCCUGUGGACUUCUUGGCCAGGGAUGGACCCCGGGCAGUGCCAGCCGCCAUCUUCAUGGUUCUCUUCAGCAACCUGUGUUUGAUGCUCUCCAGCGACGACCCGCUGCCCUUCCUGACCCUCACCCCUGCCCUCAGCCCAGAUAAGGAAGCUGAGACUUGGAGGGGACCUUGGAACAUGCUGGCGUUGCUCUAUUAUCCUGCCCUUUACUACCCUCUGGCUGCCUGUGCUGUGGCUGGGCACAGAGUCGCUCACGUGCUGGGUACCGUGCUGUCCUGGGCCCAUUUUGGCGUCCAGGUGUGGCAGAAUGCGGAGUGUCCCCAGACUCGAAAGAUCUACAAGUACUACUCCUUACUGGCCUCCGCGCCUCUCCUCCUGGGCCUCGGCUUCCUGAGUGUCUGGUAUCCGUUGCAGCUGGGACACAGCUUCCGCCCCGGGACAGGGGGGCAGCAGGGCUAUUACUCAGAGGAGUACCUGAGGCGCCUUCUUGGCCGGAAGAAGCCGGAUGGCGGUUCAUGCCCUGCCUCAAAGCAAGGCCUACUGUCCUGGGCCUGCACCUGCUACCGGCACUCGAUCUACACCCCCCAGCGAGGAUUCCGUUUACCCUUGAAGCUGGUGAUCUCAGCCACGCUGACCGGGACAGCCAUCUAUCAGGUGGCGCUGCUGCUGCUGGCGAGCGUGGUACCCACUAUGCAGAAGGUGAGGGCCGGGCUCACCACCGAUGUAUCCUACCUGAUGGCUGGCUUCGGGAUUGUGCUCUCCGAGGACAGGCACGAGGUGGUGGAGCUGGUGAGGCAUCACUUGUGGGCUCUGGAAGUGUGCUACGUCUCUGCCUUGGUUUUGUCGUGUUCUCUCACCUUCCUGCUCCUGGCCCGCUCGCUGGUGACACACAGGGCCAAUCUUCAAGCUCUGCACCGUGGGGCUGCCCUGGAGAUGGGCCCACCGCUCCAGAACACACAUCCCUCCCGCCAUGCCAUCUUCUGCUGGAUGAGCUUCAGCGCCUACCAGACGGCCUUCACCUGCCUUGGACUCCUGGUCCAGCAGAUCAUCUUCUUCCUGGGGACCACGACGUUGACCUUCCUAGUGUUCAUUCCAGUGCUUCACGGCAGGAACCUCGUGCUCCUCCGCUCCCUCCAGGCCUCCUGGCCCUUCUGGCUGACUCUGGUGCUGGGGGUGGCUCUACAGAAUGUAGCAGCCCACUGGGGCUUCCUGAAGCACCUCCAUGGACCCCCAGAAUUGACCAACCGGCGUGCACUCGCAGCGGCCACCUUCCUACUCUUCCCCAUCAACAUGCUCGUAGGGGCAGUGGUGGGGCUCUGGCGCAUGCUCCUCUCUGCCCUCUACAAUGCAGUCCACCUUGGCCAGAUGGAACUCAGCCUGCUGCCACCCAGAGCCACCAAUCUGGACCCGGCAUAUCAAACAUAUCGAAACUUCCUGAAGAUCGAGGCCAGCCAGUCACAUCCAGCCGUGGCAGCUUUCUGCACCCUGCUUCUACGAGCUCGGAGCCCCCAGCUCCGACCCCCAGGAAAUCUCCCUGGAAGCCUCAGGCUGGGGGAGGAAGAGGAAGGGAUGCAGCUGCUGCAGACGAAGGAUCCUGUGGCCAAGGGAGCUGGACCCCGCGUCUGCCGGAGCAGGGCCCGAUGGGGUGUGGCCUAUACAUUGGUGCAGAACCCAUCCCUGCAGGCCUUCCGGAAGAUGGCCCUGGCAGGUGCCCGGGCCAAUGGUGUCCAGCCCUGAGGGCGAGGAAGAUCGAGCUCACCCCAGUCAGGGCCAAGGCGGAGAUCUGUCUAUACUGUGAGCUGGGGAGAGCCCUGCUCUC